AGUCUACUUUGACACCGGUCAGAUUUCAGACGUGUUUGCUGCACUGACAGCGCACUGAUCGGUUAAUCGAUUUGACAGAGCUGAUAUAAUUUUUUGCCAAAACGGUAAAAAUGUCGGAUUUUGAGGAGUUUGAGAAACAGCUUAGUGAGAAUCGUCAGGGUGAGUACAGAGGCUCCGUGUCUGUCCCGGUUUGCUCCCUCUGCUAGCAUUCAGUGCUAACGUUGUCUCUCCUCAGGAUUUAUGAAUGAAUUAAAGGAGCUGACUGAAGUUUACGCUCAGUGACUCAGCUGGGUAAUCAGGUUAGCAUAUCAGCUUUUGGCUUCAUGCUGGUCUGAGCUCAUUACAUUAAAACCCCCAUACAGUUGAUUAUUAUAAUUAUUCUUUAUAAAAUGAACAAGGUCUGGUUACCUGUAAGACCUAACGCUUAGCUCACCUGUCUGUCUCCAACGUGAGACGGCAUCCGGCCAAACUCCAUUCAAUAUUCUACAUUUUUUUUGUUUAUGUGUGCUUCUGUAGGGAUGCGUGAGGUUAAGAUGAAUUAUUUUACACUUUGUAGAUUAUUUGUAAUGAAUUCUUAAAUUCGGCGUGAAAUAUUCAUAUGUUAAUCAAAACUAAAAUUUCUUUAAAAUAAUUUGAUAUAAUUCAUCACAUUUGUUGUGUAUGAACAUUGUUUUUCUGUGGAGGAAAGGACAAAUCAACCAUAAAAGAAAAAAGUAGGAUUCAUAACUGAGGCUUUUUUGAGAUGCUGUGAUUUAGAAAAUGAUUUUAUCUGACUUAAUUUCCAGUAAAAUAAAAAAAAAUAAUCAUCAGUGUUUAUAGUGGGUUUAAUUUCAAGGUCAUUUUGGCCUUUAGUCUGGGUCCUGCUCACCCUGUCUGGCUUUAAAGAAUAUUUCCUACCAACUAUACAUAUUUCCUACUACUGUACUCCUAUCCCUCACUAUUUGCAACUACUUACUAUACAUUUACUACGAUUUACAAAUUGGCAAAAUGUUGAUUGGAAUAUAAUUUCAACUGAUUUAUCCGAGCAGUUAGAAAUUAAUGUGUCAAAUUUCCAGUCUUGGUUACACUUCUCGGUCAAAUGACAUUUAAAUUCACAGUACGGUUAAAAAGUACAAUUUAAUGUUAACCAGUUUGGUGUUAACAAAAACUAACUUUCAUUUCGAGGUAAAGAAUUUAAUGGUAUUUGUCGGUUUGGCUAUGUUCUGCAUAUAUGGAAGGGCUAAAACCUACAGCUGAGAGAGCAGACCACCCCUCUGUUUCAUGUACAUGCAUAUAAAGCCAAGGCAGGGAGAGCAGCAGCAAAGACCCUGUCGUACAGAACAGAUUGGUGACAGUAUAUGUGACUAGCAGAAUCAGACAGAGCUUAAAAAGGAGGACCUUGAAGCAGGAGAGGGCAGAAGAGGGUAAAAUACAGUGCAGAAUGUAAUAUCUGUGAAUCGGAUACAAAGACUUGGCUGAACUGUCAGUUGAUAAGGGCAGGGGAUAGAAUAUGCAGAUGCACUGUAGGCUGAGCUUUGUUCUGUGGCCUGCCUGAACUAAUACCAUGAUCAAUCAUUAUGCCACCUCUAAUAAUAAAUAAUACUGUAUUGUUACAUCUCAUUACAUUAGUAAUCUUAAUUUUCUGUCCAAGUGCUGCAUUUUAGGGUUGUUUUCAUUUGAUGCCUUUCUAGGAUUGAUGGUAACAUUCUCUUAAAUUGAAGUCAAAAAUCUGAUGAAAAAAAAUAUUCCAACUCUUAGAUUAAAGUCACAUAAUCGCAAGAAAAACUGUAAUAAGUCAUAUUUAAUUUUCAAAUUGAAGCCACAUUAAUAGGGACCCUGCCCAUACAUUUUCCUGCUGGAGCUCAGAGAUAGAGUCAGUUGUGUCCAAUUCCAAAGCCCAUUUACCAUAUUGUUCCUGUGGUCGCAGAGAGAGAAAGAGAGCGACAUAAGAGGAGGAGUCGCAGCGGAUCUGCAGCUCGAGGAGACAAACAUCGUAGUUGGAGCAAAGAACGAGGCAGCCGCAGCCGAGAGAAACGCAGCCGCAGUCGAGAACGGAAGAGCCGAGACCGCCGUAGCUCGUCCAGGUCGUCACGGGAACACAAGAAGCACAGGUGUGUAUUAGAAUGGGAUUAAACUGUGAAAUUAUGCUCCCCGUACAGGAUAAAUUGCUUUUAUUUGGUCAUCUUUCAGCCACUCUCCAAGGAGGACAAGGAAGAAAAGAACGUGUAAAUACUGGGACGUUCCUCCUCCAGGAUUUGAACACAUCACACCCAUGCAAUACAAAGCUAUGCAAGGUACGAGCAUAUGGAUGUCUCUGGAGUUUACCUUUAAUCAACAGUAGAGUUAUCAGUGUUCUGUUUAGGAUUACUGAAAAAGCAGAGGUUUUAAAGGAUCUGAUGAUUUACUUCCUACUUUCUCUUUAUCUCUCUUUUUUCAGCUGCUGGUCAGAUUCCAACUAUCGCUCUACUGGCCUCGUCUACCACCACCGGCAUCGCUGCAGCGCCCACGCAGGUUCCCAUUGUUGGCAGUCAAAUGACCAGACAGGCCAGACGUCUGUAUGUGGGAAAUAUUCCCUUUGGAGUGACGGAGGUACUGUUUUGAUUUAAUUCCUGCUUCAUGUUUAUGUGUUGAUUCUGCAGAGUUACAGCUCUCUCUGUUUUUCUCCUGUCAGGAGUCGAUGGCAGAGUUCUUCAAUGCUCAGAUGAGACUGGCCGGACUCUCUCAGGCUCCCAGUAACCCUGUGCUCGCUGUGCAGAUCAACCAGGACAAGAAUUUUGCUUUCCUUGAGGUUUGGGAUCAAACAUUUAAUCAGAACAUUUCUGCUAUUAGCUUCAAGAAGAUGGUCCUUGAAGGAGUACAGGGACUUGGUUACUUUAAAUUGGGGGUAUUAUGCUUAUGUUUUGGCUUUAUAUUGUCCCUCUGAUAUCUUCUUAGCAUUUCAGCCUCUGUCUGAGACGCUUCAUGGAAGCCUCUGUCUCUUUAAGGCUCCCCCGGCAUUCUAGAACCCAGCAUUCUGGAAGCCUCCUUCACUGUUGCCAUGCAACAAAAUUGCAUUUCUUUGAUAAAAUGACAAAUUUGCCCUUUUCAGAGAUUCGCUGUCUGGUGGUGUCACUUUUUUCUUUAGCAAUGUCAUAUUGAUCUUGCUGAAUUCUCAAGUGACUUUUUGAUCAAGCAACUCAGAGCCCCCUGUAGUCAAAUAUGGGGAUUACAUCAACACACAUAAGACUUACAAUUGGAACGUUUGCUCAUGUGACGGCCAACAUUUUCACUCAAAGUAUGAAAAUGAAGUGUAAUACCACCUCUUUAACAUUUCCUUUUAAAACAAAAAGUCAAGAACAUUCAUAUGACUGUUGCUUUGGUUGGAAAGUUCAGGCUAGUUAGCUUUGCCUGGCAUAAAAAACGAAAACAGAUAGAAACUGAUGGCCUAGCUGUGGCCAGAAAUAAAAGAAAGCACCCGCAGAUUCUUACUAAUCUAACGUCAGUAACUGUUGAGAAUAUUAAUGUUAUUUUGCAUCGUGUUUACAAAGUACAAAGUAACAGUCCACAUCAGGUUAACUUUAUUUUUUCAGUUUCGUUCUGUGGACGAGACGACGCAAGCCAUGGCGUUCGAUGGAAUCAUUUUUCAGGGUCAAUCCUUGAAGAUCAGACGACCUCAUGACUACAGACCCUUACCUGGAAUCUCUGAGCAGCCUGCCUUCCAUGUCCCGGGUGAGUUUCUGACACCUGUAUGAACAAACUAGAUCAUAUUUAAACAAAAAUAUACCAAUAUAUAAAUAUUGUGUUCAGGAGUGGUCUCCACUGUGGUUCCUGACUCUCCUCACAAACUGUUCAUCGGAGGUCUGCCAAAUUACCUGAACGAUGACCAGGUAUUUACCUGAACUCUAACUCCACAGGUGAUCUCUGUUACCUCUUUUUUUCUCACCUGCUCAGGUGUUUGUCACAUUUUUUAACAUGCACAAAAUAUGUUUUACAUUUCUUUAUCAUGACAUUAAAAUUGAUGAAAGAAUGGUGAAGGAAGAAGGAAAAAAAUCUUUAAAAAAAAAUAACACAGACAGGAAGUGUCCUUAAAACUACAAAAUAAAACCAUGACAAAUAAAUAAAUAAUGUUAAUUAGAAGUGCCCAUCUUUUAUUUCUAACCAUCUUUAAUAUUUUUCUAAAUAAAGAAACAAAACGUUUUCAAAAAAUAUUCUAACCAUUGAAGAAACUUAUAAUAUAUAACCCCAAUUCCAAAAUAGUUGGGAUGCUGUGUAAAAUGUGAGUAAAAAAAGAACUUGAUGGUCUGCAAGUCAAUGAAAUAUCUGUCUGUAUAUAUUUAUCAAUGACCUUUGGAAUUGGGGUUAUGAAUGUAAAAAUAUUACAUCUUUUACAUCUUCUCUUACAUGUUUUAUAUAAGUUAACAUAAACUUCAAGAAAAGUCUGUGCCUCUUUGAAGUAAACUCUUGAUACCUUUCUCAUGUUCAGCAUUCUGAGUAAAGAAAGGUAAGAAAAGUACAGAAUAUUCUCACAGCAGAUCAUUAAGUAAAUACUUAGACGGUUCUUACCCUGUUCCUGAAUUUGAUUUGGUUUCCCUAGUUGUAGAAAUGCAUUAAUGGAUGUGAUAUUAGAGAAAAGUGGACCACUUGAAAAAGUCACAGAAUCACCAGGAGUACAUAUAACUUCAGAAAUAACUAAGAAUUAUAAUAAUAAAUGAAUGUUUUUCUUUAGGAAUAUAAAAGAAGUCAGAAUGAAUACUGAUUGCAUCAACAUGAGUCUGAUCAAUUAUUAAAUAAAUCUAAUAAUCAAUUUGGUCAUUCAGUUUAAUCCUCAAACUGUUGGCCUGUCACACUUUUGAUCUCUCAGGGCACCUGUAGUCUAAAUGUUUAUUGCAUAUCAUACCUAUAUAAUUCUUCACUGAUUUGAUUAUUUUAAAUUCUUGCAGUCUGUGGUGCUGCGUUGGUAUAUUCAGUAUAUUUUUAAAAUAUAUAUUAUCAUAAAUUUCCUGCGUUGAUUCUCACAGCUCUUUCAUUUUUGUUCCCCCACUCUGUCCCCAGCUAGGGGCCGUAAGAUCGUUAAUCUGCGCUCAUAAUUUGUUCAGUAGUAUCAUCUACUGCUGCCAUGCAACAUUAACACAAGGCAAGUAAGACCCCUGUCCUCACAGGGACACACUCCUACAGCCCCGCCUCCUACGGCUGCUUCUUUCCCAUCAUGCUUUGGAGCGCGUUCAGACUCUCUGGGAUCUAUUGGCUUAGAUCUGAUCAUUAAAAACAGGAUGUGGUUGUUGUGUUGUAGUUGUGUUGUUGGUGGUGGUUAAAUGGGUUUUUUAAGCUUAAAUGUAAAGUUGAGACCCAUGUUCAUUAGCUGUUUUUACCUGUAGCUGGCAGAAUAAAAACGAAGUAAAUUAAAGUUAUCCCAGAAAGAUCAUUUCCUUUUAUAUAACUGUUCAUUUUGGGGGGUAGAAAUCCUAACUUUGAUUGAAAAGAUAACUUUUACCCUGUUUUUUAAGUUGUGCCCAAAUGAUGAUAAAGAAUACAGUUUACGUCUCAGGUCCACCUCAUCAGAAUUUACUUCUACACGUCUUCCUGAACCUCUAUCCUUUUUUUAAAAUCUCUGAUUUCUCUUUUUCCUCUUAAUCAGAAAGAAAUGAAACGCUGAGUCAACAUCUUUCCUUGAUAUUAAAUCAACAAAAAUUAUACUCUUAGUUAUGGUUAUAUAUAUUGACACUGUAGUUUUCCCUCUCAGAUAUGAUUGUGUGACUCUCUCCGCAGGUGAAGGAGCUCUUGACGUCCUUCGGUCCUCUUAAAGCAUUUAAUCUGGUGAAGGACAGUGCUACGUCUCUGUCCAAAGGUUACGCCUUCUGUGAAUAUGUAGACAUCAGUGCUACAGAUCAGGUUUCUGUCAUGUCAUGUCAGUUUAUAAGCAAAAAGACGUUAGUUUUGUAGUUAGAGUCUCUGUGAGUUUGUGUGUUUCCUCUCUCAGGCUGUUGCUGGACUCAAUGGGAUGCAACUUGGAGACAAGAAGCUGAUUGUCCAAAGAGCGAGCGUGGGAGCUAAAAACGCUAAUCCUGUAAGUACAAUUGACUUUAAUGUCCUCAGAAAAUAAAGGAACUUUAGUAAUCACUCAAAAGUGGAUAAUACAGUUAAUUGAAAUAUUAAUCAAGUAAGCUUGCCAGACAUGUAUGAAAAUACACAAAACAGCUAAUAAACCCAAAUACAGGCAAUAAAUAAGAAUGCAGACACCAAAACCAAAUGUAGACAAUUCAACCAAAUGCAGAAAAACAUCCAAUUAAACAUUAAAAUAGGAGUACAGAGACUACAAACCAAACUCAAAUUCACACAGGAAACCUGAAUGCAGCUGUUACAUCUCAGAUACAGCAAACCCACAUACACAGGACAUAAUCAAACACAUGGUUAUAGCAACACAAUAAAAUAUCAGACGAUUUACUAAAUACAUACAUCACAGCUGAAGUAUAAAAAAAACAAAUACAGACAACAAAUGGAGUACAAGCAGUCCACUUUCUGACCAACCAAGUACAAAUAUUACCCAACCCAAAUGCAGAUGAUACAACCAAAUGUAGCAAACCUGUCGUGGAAGUUUUUCUUUCUCCUUCCGUCGCUGCUGGUGAAUAAUGAAAUAGAGACUUCUGCCGGCCGACAAGGUUUUAUUUUCUUUGCAAAGAAAAGGUCGAUCUGGAUCCGAGCGGGUAGAUCAGAAAAGACCCCGAAUCUAGCUAAAACCUGAACAUUUAUGCUUGCUUAAGGACCGCCUCUCAGAGGGCAAGGAAUGGGGCUUUUGUGUUGUUUUCUGUGGGGACUGUCACUCCACUGUGGUGGGGAUGUUUCACACCUGAAGCAUCCUGCAGGAUGUUGUCUGUUGAUGUCUAGACAUGCUGAUUAACCGAUAUGUUGAUUGGAAAGUAUGUUGUGAGGGGCACUUCAAGCAAUUCUUAUCAAAAGACAUUAAAAUUACAAUCACAAACCCAAAUACAGAAAACACAAUCCACUUUCAGACAACACAAAAACAUACAAAUAACAAUCCCAAAUGCAAAUAACAAAACAAAUCACAUAAAAAAAAUCAGUGUGUAAAAUUAAAUACAGUAACAAACUCUUUCACCAGACAAAAACAAAAUUCAGAAGACAGACAUGAAAACAGCACAGCCAAAUACACACAACAGAGUGGUUAUUUAUAGCAAACCAAGAACGAUUCUCACAAACAACAGACCUAAACACAGUUAAUACAAAACAUCCAAAUACAAGUUACAAACCCAAAUUCAGACAAGAGAACCCAGAAAAAAAUACAAAUUACAUACUCAAUAUAGACUACAAACUUUAACAUAGACAACAAAGUCAAAAUUGAGAAACAACACAGCCAACCAGUUAUUUAUAACAAACCUAAAGUAACCCUUUUAUAAACAGCAAACCCAAAUGCAGACAACUGAACUGAACUGCAAACACAGAGGCUUGCAUAGGUAAUGAUGAUGCAUUUGGAAUAAGGAUACUGCUGGGAGUCUGAAAUGGGAUCUUAUCUCUUUGCAAUAACUGCAUAGAUGGAAAUCUAAACUGAUGUAUGUGUAUCUGCAGACCUCCAUUAUAGAGACACCAGUAACGCUACAGGUCCCUGGGCUGCAGAGGCUGCAGAACACAGGCAUGCCUACAGAGGUGCUGUGCCUCCUCAACAUGGUGAUGCCUGAGGAGCUGGUGGACGAUGAAGACUAUGAGGAGAUCCUGGAGGACAUCAAAGAGGAGUGCUGCAAGUAUGGCAAUGUCCGCUCCAUCGAGAUUCCUCGACCUGUAGAUGGUGUGGAAGUCCCUGGCUGCGGAAAGGUGAGAGGGUCUACCUGUCUUAUGCCGAUGUUAAAAGACUGAGGUGUGUGUCAACUCUCAAACUGCAAAAGCAUGAUGGUUGUUGAAAGAAAUUUAGGUGUCUUAAAUAUGCUAAGAUCUGGAACUUUUCAUCUUUGUAAAUUCGAGAGUCUGACUGUCUUGCUUUUUUUUCUUUAGAUAUUUGUGGAGUAUGUUUCGGCUUCAGACUGUCAGAAAGCCAUGCAGGCCCUAACCGGCCGUAAGUUUGCCAACAGAGUGGUGGUCACCAAAUACUAUGACCCGGACAUGUACCACAGACACGAGUUUUAAAGGACAGAGCAGUCUCUGCCUCCUUUUUUUCAGCUUCGGUUUGUUUGUUCCUUUGAGCGUUGUGAUUGAGUCCUUAGGGACUAGAAAAGACUCAGACCUCAUCCUCCUCCCUACAAACUGGACUGCAAAGUGUUUCAGUUCUGAAAAGCUCCAAGCUUCAGCCUUAUACUCCCACAGUAAAACUGUACUGAAAUAAAACUACAGUAGUAUUAAGAAUAUUUGUAGUAGGAUGAAUGUGAUAUGUAUCUGAAACCUGAAGUUAUACUGCCUGAUAAUAACUCACAGUAUCUGUUUGUUCAGAAAGCACUGUAAAAAAAAAAAAACAGUCAAAUGUUUAGAUUCUCUCCUGAGCACAAUUUUAAUUUAUCUGAGAGGAAAAAUGAGUUUUAUUUAUUUAUUUAUUCUUAAAAAAAUAUAUCCCUCUCAAUGCCUCAAUUAUAGAUGUUCUAUAAUCUUGUAUGAUGCUAUAAUCACUAAUGCUUACACUGGUAAAUUUAAGUAUUUUAGCUGAAAAAGAUCUCUAUAUUUCUGAAUGUUGGCUGUUUCUGACCCCUCUCCCUGAACAGCAAUUGUCAAUAUUAGCUUAGCAACCAAAACUAGCACUGUAGGGAUCACCACACUUUACAAAACCUGUAGACAAAAGGUUAUCUUGGACACAAAGCCCAAGAUGGGGAUACCAAAUGGCAUCACCAUGAUGUUGCCCAUUUAAAUACUGUCUACACGUACUUCCUGCAGUAGCUAGCAAGCCCUACUUUAAGGGUCAAGUAUGUUAAUGCUAGUCAGUCAGCUAGCUUGAAAGGUUUUAGGUUGGUUCUGGAUGCCGUGUGGCUCCUGUUAGCUCUUUAUUCCUUUUUGACCAGACAGUGUGAUUUCACAAUUAAAGCUUAUUUAGCUAACGAUCCUCAAGUCAAAGAUAUACUGACCGUGGUAGCCAAGCAGAACUUUAAAAAAAGUUUUUAUUCAAAAACCACCUUACUAACUUUUAAGCCCAAAGCAGAGGAAAAGAUUGUAUUUAAUACUUCAUCAGCUUCAUAAAGUAUUUUUCAGCUAUUUGGGGAAACUACAACAAUUAACAUCAGCUAACACAAAUUUACCGAAUGAAAUUAUCUGAUUAUGAGAAACAAAAGCAAAAAUUAAACAUGGUCUCUUUUCCUUCAUGUCUUUUACUUGGAUGCUAACUCUUUCAUUCAAAGCUAUAGCCUAAUGUUUUUGCAUUAAAAUCAUAAAUGUAGCUUUUAGUUUUUUUGCUUUUAGACAGCAGCUGAAACAUGAGGCUCACCUGUUUCUCUGAGUUCACAAAACGUUUAAUUUUCAUGUCUUAACAUAGUGAUAAGAGGGGAAGGACUUAACUGUCAUAUCUAUAAUCUGUAUUAUAUUUAUUAUCAGGAUAAAAAGCAAAUUUAUCCUGAUGUCUCCAUCAAAGACAAGGAAGCAGAUAUUCACAUGAGACAAAGCACCUUUAAGCUUUAUAGGUAACAGAGUAAUAUUUAGGGCUUAAUUAAUACUUUGUGUGAUUUUUUUUGUCUGUUAAAAAUACAUUUUAAAAGGGAAUGAUGAGUCAAUUGUUAAUGUAUUUCUUUAAAUAGAAUAUAAUAACUGUUACAAAAGUGUGAGAAUGUUUUGACCCCAUCUAUCAGCACAUGCAGUUAACAUUCAGCUCUGAUUGAAAAUAAAACAAGUUGUAUUUUUAAUGUAGAAUAUAUCAGAUAAUAAAGAUUGGUCACUGUAUUUUAUAUGAUUCUUUUGAUGGCACAAAACAACAACAAAAAAUACUUUUCAGUUUAUUUGAAUCCUGCCACUGCCAUCGCCUUUAAUAAAAGUUUUCAUCCACUAUUGCUGUGUGAGAUUAUUUUU